GGAAAUUUGCGGAAAAAGCAAAGAAUCCCUAUCCAAUUAAAUUGAAGAACCAUUUCCUAUCGGUACUAUAUAAAGUAUUUUCAAUUUUCAAAAUUAGAGAUCAAUGACUCUGGAGAUGUGUUCGUUUCAAAAUCAGCUAAGGCUAAUUUUUUUAAUCUCACUUAUUAAGAAAGUUGAACAAACUUGUGUAAAUACUAAAGAUUCCACAAAAUGCUGUGCAGACUUUCAAUUUGUGAAUGGUGCUUGUAAACCUUGUGACCCGGGGUUCUUUGGACCAAACUGCAGAGCAACCUGUCCCUAUCCAAAUUAUGGUCACAGGUGUACAGGAAGAUGUGAAUGUCACAAAUACCAGUGUGACGUGUCUGAGGGUUGCAAACUAAUUUCGCUACAACCAAACACCGCAGCAAAUUCUACUUCCGAUCAAAAACCAAACAAACAAGUGGCUCCUACAUCUAAAAACAGCACUGAACACCCCACAGAUAAAGAUGACCUCUCUGACAACAGCGACGCCGACAGUCUAAUCACUGACAAACCACUUGGUAACUCAAGUCUCCUCUUGAUCGUCAUUUUGUCAUCAACAUCAUCAUUGGUCAUCUCAGUAGUCGUCAUCGUCUUCGUUGUUUGCCAUCGAACAUUCCGAUCAAAAGGGAGACAGAGUUCACUUCGUCGAAGAUCAACUGCAUCGACUCGAAGACCAGCUACGUCCUAUUAUGAAAUUGAUGACCGCGCUAUUGCUCUUGAUACACUGAGCCGUCGACAAAGCAAUGUAGAUAUGUAUGUAUACCUUGACAAAACAAAGGUUGAGAAGAGUAAGUACGCAGCUUUAACUCAACUUCCAGAAAAAAGUGACUCUCAUAUUUGACAUAAAAAAACAAAACAAAGUAUGCAAGUUAUUAGGAGAUAAUAUUUCUCUUGUAAACGUACAUAUUAAUACUUGUACAGUAGUAUUAUGUUUUUAUUUGAUAACGUAUGUUUGAGUUAAUAUUGUAUGUGGAAUUCUUAAAAAAACGACUAUGACACUAACAUUGUAUAUAUUGACAACAGCUAUUGUAACAUUUUUUCGAGGUAUCUGUGGCAUACUAUUGUGUAUAUACUGAGCUUUUUUAUUUAAAAAUAUUAAUCAAAUUAUAGAUUUAUCAAAAUGUCCUGAUCAUGAAUACUUAUUAUAAUGUUUUGAAUUAUCUAAUUGAUAUUUGUUUGAUAAAGACAAUAUUAUAUUAGAUCAUUUUUCAAACCACUAAUAAUGAUUUAACAAUAUUUUAUAAAUUUUGUAAAGUUGAUGAAAAUCUAAAAAUUAUUUUUUGGGGUUUUGUUUUAUCUUUAGAAAAAGCUUUAGAACGUGCAUUUUUAACUUUCAGACUUGACAUCCCUAUCCUCUGCUUAACAGUAUAGACUCUAAUCGUUGAUUACUGUUAUCAGUGGGAGGAGUUGUAAAAGAUAUAACCCGUUUGUGAAUUGGUCUCAAUAUUGAUAUGUAAUAUAAUCAUGAAUAAACAUAUACAGAUGAUUUUUUUUAAUUAAAAGAAC